AAUUACUCAGCUCACUUUAAAGUGUAGAAGAAAUGGAGCAGGAAGGAACAGUCGAGCCUGACAGCUGCUGGAAAGGUACCUCACAAAGGAAAUUAGAGCAAGCAGAGAAGGAGAUGAUUGAGCUAUCAGGGCUCGGAGAAGAGGAAAUUAGGGUUUAUAAGGUCCAGGUUGAGUGAGAUCAGAGUUUUAGAGAGGAGAAUAAAGGGAAUGGUAUGCAUAACCAACUGGAAGAGGAUAGUGAGAUGGGAAUGGUCAAUCCGAUGAUUAUUAAUAAGAAUAUUGACCCAUACACAGGGAAGAAAAUUAAACCUAGGAAGAAAAGACACAGGAAGACAUGCUGAUGCCUUCCUUGCUGCUGCUCUACUAGGGUUGUGCCUAUUACUAAGGAGUAUAUCAUGACUUAUGAGUUUGGUAAUAAGAGUAAACCAGAAAUUGUUCUAAUCCAUGGCUUUGGAGGCUCAGCUUUGAUCUUUUUCAAGCUAUUCAAAAGAUUAUCAGAAAAUUACCACGUUUAUGCUAUAGAUCUUCUAGGAAUGGGGAGAUCUUCCAGGCCAAAGUUUCUAGCCAGAACUAAAACAGAGGCUGAAGAUUACUACAUCUGUUCCAUUGAGAUGUGGAGAGAAUCUUUAGGUCUUGACAACAUGAAUAUAGUUGCACACUCCUUCGGAGCAUACAUAACUUCGAGGUAUGCCUUGAAAUAUCCUGACAAGGUUAAAAAGAUAGUCUUCUGGUCUCCUCAUGGAUGUGAGCCCAAGCCAGAAGAUUAUGAGCAAAAGCUGAAAGAAAGACUAAGAGGAGGCUGCUGUCGUAAAUGAAUGUUGAAAACAAUGCUAUUUAUUUUCAAGCAUGAAAUAAAACCUUCAAGAAUUAUAUUCUGUUGAGGCAGAUGAAUCGGUAGCUGCUGGAUUAAAAAUUAUGUCAAAAGAAGGUUUGUUAAUAUGACAGACACUGAAAAAGAGGUUGCUGGAAGGUACCUGUAUCAGCUUUUGAUGAGAGAACAAUCUGGAGAAAAAGCUAUAUUCAAACUUAUGAAAAUGCCUAUUCUAGCUUAUACUCCGAUUUAUGACGAACUUGAUAAGCUCAAUAGCCAUAAAAUCGAAAUAUCAUUUGUCUAUGGAGAUCGGGAUUGGAUUGAUACCCAGAUGGGAGGCACUAAUGUCUCCCAACUCCUUAAAAGAAGGGGGGAAAAGGUAUCAAUUAUUCAUGACAGUGACCACCAUCUGUAUCUCGAUAAUCCAGAAGACUUAUUAGACAGCUUAGAUGAGGAAAUGCAGAAACAAUCCUAAUUU